AUGAGAUUCGCUGUAGAUGAAAUCAAUAACUCUACCAACCUUCUACCAAACGUAUCUCUCGGCUAUGAGAUAUUUGAUCACUGCUCCUCUACACAGAGUUUUCCAGAUGUUGUGAAACUCCUCUCAGUCAAUAACUUGGUCCAACCAUGGGAUGAACCACAUAACAAUCUUUCCAGAAUACUGGGAGUGGUCAGUUAUGCAGCUACUGUUUCUGUCUUUUCAAAAAAAGCAGUUUUUCCGUCUUUUCUACGAACAGUGCAUUCCAACAAAAUCGCCAUAGAAGGGAUUGUGAACAUUCUAAAGCACUUCAACUGGCGCUGGGUUGCUUUUCUAAACAGUGAUGAUGAUUAUGGCAAUGAUGGCCUGGCGUUAUUCAUGAAGAAGAUUAAGGAUACUGAAAUCUGCCUAGCAUACAACAAAGGUCUGAAUCAAUAUACAGACCACUCCCAAACAUUUAAACAGAUAGAGGCACAGAAGAUAAACAUCAUUAUUGUUUUUGCUCUAAAAAUGACUGCUGAAGCUCUCAUUAAGUCGGCAAUACAACUGAAUUUCACCAACAAAGUGUGGAUCGCAGAUGAGGAAUGGUCCUUAAACAAGAAUCUCCCAAAGAUAAAAGGAAUCAGAAAUGUUGGAACUGUAAUUGGGAUUUCAGAACAAGCAGUGAACGUACCUGGUGUCAAUGAUUUUAUCUAUUCUUCAAGAAGACAAACUUAUUGUGAAAAUGCAUCACAAAAUAUAUAUUGUAAUCAGUUUUUCAACCGCAGCAGCCUGAGCACAGAAGACGUCGUUGCUGCAGACCCAUCUUUUAAUUUUCCUGUUUACACUGCUGUGUAUGCCAUCGCUCAUGCCUUACACAAUGCCUUGCAAUGUGAAUCUGGCAGAUGUAAUGACAAUAUUACAGUCUUCCCACACAUGAGAAGUAAUGGUCAUCUGAACAUUUUGUACCCACAUCAGGUUCUAGCAGAGCUGAAGAAGUCCAACUUUACACUUUUAAAUGAGAGCAUUCGGUUUGAUGAGAAUGGUGACCCUAACUACGGAUCAUAUUCUGUCGUUUUCUGGAACCACAGUGAGGAUGCCUACAGGUGCAUCGACUGUAAGGAGACAGAAUGGUCUGCAGCAGGAAGUACAUCAUGCAACCUGCGGUCGGUGGAGUACAUCCCGUUCACAGACACCGGGGCUAUACUGAUCAUGGUGGGGGCCUGGGCCUUGGUGGGCUUCACACUCGCUGUAUCUGUUCUCUUUGCCAUCAACUACAACACACCUGUUGUCAGAUCUGCUGGGGGACCAAUGUGCUUCCUCAUUUUAGUCUGCCUCAGUCUGUGUAGUAUAAGUGUGUUCUUUUACUUUGGUGAACCAACAACUUCCUUCUGUAUCCUGAGUCUCUACUCCUUUCUCUUGUGGUACUUCAUCCCAAAAUGCUACAUCAUCAUUUUUCAAUCUGACAGAAACACACAUGAGUACUUCCAAAGACUCAUUCAGAAUUAUACCAAAACAAUCAGCCAGUAG